UUUGAUAUUACACACACGCUAAACACCGUCGUAUUCGAGAGUCAGAGAAUUUGUAUCAGACUGUCUCUCUCAGACUCCGCCAUUUUGAGCUAUUUCCGGCGAUGGAAAGCUCCGGCUCUCCGGCACCUCGGACUCAAAAGCCACGCGAUUUCGGAAAGUCCGAGUACGGGUGCAACCAUUAUCGGAGACGGUGCAGGAUUCGAGCCCCUUGCUGCGAUCAGAUCUUCCCCUGUAGGCAUUGCCACAACGAAGCCGCCAGCUCUCUGAGCAACCCGAAGGAUCGCCAUGAAAUUGUGAGACAGGAUGUGAAGCAAGUUGUGUGCUCCAUUUGCGAUACCGAGCAAGAGGUUGCUCAGCUUUGUGCAAACUGUGGUGUUAGCAUGGGAGAGUAUUUCUGCGACAUUUGCAAGUUCUUUGAUGAUGAUACCAACAAAGGACAAUUUCAUUGCAACGAGUGCGGAAUUUGUAGAGUCGGUGGUCGCGACAACUUCUUCCAUUGUCAGAAGUGUGGGUCUUGCUAUGGAGUGGAUCUACGCGAUAAUCACUUAUGUGUAGAAAAUUCCAUGAAGAACCACUGCCCUGUCUGUUAUGAGUAUCUCUUUGACUCGGUUAAAGGCACAUCGAUAAUGAACUGUGGGCACACAAUGCAUACGGAUUGCUUUAUUGAGAUGCACUCACAGAAUCAGUAUCGUUGCCCCCUUUGCUCCAAGACAUUGCUCAACAUGACUCGUUUCUGGAAUAUGUUGGAUGAGGAGAUUGCAGCUACUCCCAUGCCUGAGGAGUACCAGUACGAGGUUACUAUCCUCUGCAAUGACUGUGUCAAAACAUGCAAUGUGUCUUUUCACAUUCUUGGGCUCAAGUGCACCAAUUGCAGUUCAUAUAACACCCGCAGAAUUUCAGGUGGUGUUCAAUAUUGACAUUCCAUUGGUGGUGUUCAAUAUUGACAUUCCAUUGGUUACAAAAGUUAGUGAACACAGGCUGUGCAGUUUUCUUUUGACGCUUUUGACUAUGCUUGUGUUGUUUUGUCUAGGAUAGUCCCCAUGUUCCUCCUCUUGUUGUUGUAUGCUGAUUAUAUCAAAGAAUCACAGCUACUAGUUGUCAUGGUUCAUCAUCAUAUCAAAUCUUUGAUUCAUUGUUGAGGUGUCA